UCAGCCGCCGCCCUCCGCCUCAGCCGCGCCACCCUCACCUGCCCAAGGCAACACACACACACACACACACUGACGCAGGUCGACGUGGGGGCAUCUGUGGUGUGUGCGGCUGUGUACCUCCGCCGCCCUCAUCUCCGUCGCCCUCUCCGCUGCCCUCAUCUGUGCACAGAGAGAGAGGGCACGUCAUCUUCCAUCCAUCCGAUGAAUGGUUGAAUGUGUUCCUCCCUUCGGCCGUACCAUUGUCAUCCCCCUGUUGCUGUUGCUGCUGCUGCUGCUGCUGUUGUUGUUGUUGCUGCUGCUGUUGCUGUUGUUGCUGCUGUUGUUGUUGUUGCUGCUGCUGUUGCUGUUGUUGCUGCUGUUGUUGUACUUGUCCGUCGAAUACGAAUUGCGCCACCGCCCCCAACGCCACGCGAGCCAGCUGAGUGGUCGCCGGGAAGCGGUGCUUGAACAGACCACUCCCACACACAGGCGCCUCAGUGGUCCUGAUACGAACAGUCACUGCAGACAAUAGGAGGAAAAGACGCGACAUGUGUGACCAGCAGCACUCCCCCUCUCUCACGCUGACCGUCGAACGCCUGCCAGAUGGAAAUCCAUCCGACGAAGGGGUGGCUCCCGUCGGUGAGCACCAGCCAUCGCUCAAUACCGAAGGUGAUUGUGGUCGUGCAGCCGGCCACUGGUGUGUGGGGCGACUCGGUGAGGAGGUCAUUCAGAAGGCCACCCUUGACAUACCUGAACAGACAGACACCAACAAACGACUUGUGGUGUGCCCUCCCGACCCCCUUGAUUCCGUUGGUGUGUUACCUCUCGAGUGUUGUCACUGUGUCAUUGGUAUUGUUCAAUGAAACGUUGUAGUAGAAGUACUUGAGGAUCUCAUACUUGGCCCACGACGAUACUGACGCAUUGCAGCGCCCCGUGCCAGGAAUCAACACCCAUGUGGACGUGUAAAAGAUGAUGUUGUGUACCGGUGGGUCGUGUGGCUGCCGGUGUUGCUGGUACAGGUGGUCGGCAGGGAGGGGCGGGUCGACCUCCAGCUCGAAGCCGGGCUCGUCCUUGAUGGCCCGCACCACACCGUUAUCGUGUUGGAACAGCUGCAGGCAGGUGCCGUCACUGAAGUGGACGUGGCGGCCGACCAUCUGGAGCUGCGCCAACACACGGGGAGCCGACACAUACGCCUACACACAGAACCGCACACAAACACACAAACACACAGACACACAGACAGAAUGAGGCCUCCUCCGUCCCCUCGCCUCCCGGCCCCUCUGUUUGCCGGCUCACCGUUAUGUUUGCGUGUGUGUUGAUGUCAGCCCCACUGAGGGUCACAGGCAGCUCACAGUUGCCGCACUGCUCCCCCAGCUCAAUCACCUCGCCCACCUCGCCCCAGUCCCCUUCCUCCACCACACACACAGCCGCCAGCAGAUCAUGUUUGCCGAACUGGUCGUCGUCGAACCGCAGCAGCUGCA